AUGUCACAGGAGACAGACAACAAACGUCUGGUAGUGGUGGUCCCCAACGAGAGGAGGGCGUACACCAGCGAGGAUGAGGCGUGGCGGUCGUACCUGGAGAACCCGCUGACAGCCGCCACCAAGGCGAUGAUGAGCAUCAACGGAGACGAGGACAGUGCCAACGCCCUGGGUCUGCUCUACGACUACUACAAGGUGCCCAAAGAAAAGAGACUUCUGCAACUUUCCAAAGCCACUGAAAUUACAGAGGAACAGGAGAAGAGGCCGAUGUUGCAGAACAACCCCAGCAGCCAAAGCGAGGUGGAGACGGUGGACAACCGCGUUCAGGUCCUCAAGUCUGUCCCCGUCAACCUGUCCCUGAACACCGAGCACCAGGAGACCAAGCGGGAGCAGUUCAGCGGCUCGACGGGGUCGGGGGACGGAGGCUCUCCGGCUGUUGCCGUGGUGAAGGCCGAGGUAUACGCGCCCGUCUUCAUGCCAGGAGGGGGGGCUCACUACAGGGUGGAAGGAGAAGAUUCGGCGCGGGUGAUCUACGAACAGAGUCCGUAUGAGGUGACCACGGUCAGUCACAACUCGUACGCCAAAGACGAUGAGCAGAGCCCGCCUGACAGUCCGUACGAAGAGGAACGAGACGCGAAGUACCACUCACCUUCCUCUCUAGCCACAGGUGACUUCUUAUUUCAUCAGGAGGGAAUCGACAGCUUCCAGUACACGCUGGACGCCACGCGCUCACUGCGUCAGAAGCAGGGCGAAGGGCCGAUGACCUACCUGAACAAAGGCCAGUUCUACGCUGUGACGCUCAACGAGCUCAGCGCCAACAAGCGCCUCCGACACCCCAUCAGUAAAGUCCGGAGUGUGAUCAUGGUGGUGUUCAGUGAGGAUAAGAACCGAGACGAGCAGCUUAAAUACUGGAAGUACUGGCACUCCCGGCAGCACACGGCCAAACAGCGAGUCCUGGACAUCGCUGAUUACAAGGAGAGCUUCAACACGAUCAGCAACAUUGAAGAAAUCGCCUACAACGCCAUCUCCUUCACCUGGGAUGUGAACGAAGAGGCCAAGAUCUUCAUCACAGUGAACUGCCUGAGCACAGACUUCUCGUCUCAGAAGGGGGUGAAGGGUCUUCCUCUGAUGAUCCAGAUCGACACUUACAGCUACAACAACCGCAGCAACAGGCCGCUGCACAGGGCCUACUCACAGAUCAAGGUCUUCUGUGACAAGGGAGCUGAGAGGAAAAUAAGGGAUGAGGAGAGAAAACUGUUACGCAAGAAGUCGAAAGGGAAAGACGGAGGCGUCGGGGUGAUAAGUGUCACCAAGAAGUCCGACACCACCUAUUUCAAGACCAUGACCGACUUGGAUGCCCAGCCCGUGCUCUUCAUCCCCGAUGUUCACUUUGGAAACCUGCAGAGAGCCGGACAGGUGUUUACCUUCAACACAGAGGAGAUUGAGAGAGAAGGGAGUGUGGUGGUGAAGAGGAUGUUCAGGUCGUCAGAUGAAGAUCUGUGCCCGUCUCCUCACAAGCAGAUCAAAGAGGAGGCGCACAAGAGAGUGCUGCUGUAUGUCAGAAAGGAGACAGACGAGGUGUUCGACGCUCUGAUGCUGAAGUCUCCCACGCUCAGAGGCCUGAUGGAUGCUAUAUCAGAGAAAUAUGGCGUGCCCACAGAGAGGAUAGCCAAGGUGUACAAGAAAAGUAAGAAAGGGAUCCUGGUGAACAUGGACGAUAACAUCAUCGAGCACUACUCCAACGAAGACACCUUCAUCCUCAGCAUCGAGAGCUACGCAGACGCCUUCAAGAUCAUGCUGACGGAGAUUUGA